CCUCUGUGCAAAUCAGAACUACUUCCCACAACAGCCUCCGACAGUGAUGAAGUGCAACCAUCUCUUCUCUUGGACCAUUGUGCUUGUGGCCUCUGGCCCCCUGCUGGCCCACCCCAUCACAGAAUCUGCUGAGAUGCCCUAUCCAGGACCAGGAUCAAUGGAGGAUCGUGUAAUCGGCACACUGGAUGAUGAGUUUCUUCCUGAGCAAACGUUUGCUUCUCAGGAUGGUGCUGGUCUCAGAUAUUCCACUUUUAUAUCUGGGGACAUUAACAGAGAUGGUGCCAGGACACCAAGUCUGUUGCCAAGAGGAGUCAAAAGGGAGGUCUUAUUAGAGAAACUAAGUCUUCUGAAACCUUUCAGUCACUUGCUGGGCAUCCGUAAACAGUUCAGGAAGAGAAAUGGAAAUUCAGAGUGUUUCUGGAAGUACUGUGUCUAAAACCAACAAAUAACAGGCAUUUCUGCUUUGUACAAGAAGCAGUGCUUAUUCUAAAGCACUAAAACAUAAGUUUGACCCACAGUUAAAGGGCAGACAAAACAAAAAGGAAACACAAUGCAUGCAUAUGGUACAUUUCCAAGGCUCACACAGGCACUUUCAUUUGGCUGACUGGGGACUUUCAGUUGGUUUUCUGUACGAUUUUUGAAAUUCAGUAGACAGAUAUUUUAAAAUCUCUGUAUGUAUAUAUAAAAAAAAUGUCGAUGUAAGAUUGAAGUGUUCUAAAAAAUAAAAAUAAAAAAUGUAUCAUAAA